GCUGAUAAGGAGAACAAUAAUAUACAAAUUUAAAACCACAAUAAUAAAAAACAAAAAACACAGAUAACAUAUGGUCUCGGUUUAUAAAAUAAAAUUCGAAAAGAGAUAGAAUUUUUUUUAUUAAAAAAAAUAUAUUUAAAUGCUAAACACAUAUUCAAAGACAAAACAAAGGUUUGAAUUUUUAUAAGAAAUACAUUUUUACUCAAAAUAGAAAACUGGAUAAAAAACUAUUUGUUUAACUCAUUAGUAAAAAAAACUAUAGAGAAAAAAAACAAAAACAAUAAAGAGUAUCCGGAGAAUUGUACUGGUACGUCAUGGCAAACGUUUAUUGGAAUAAAUUUCAUAUUUUACCAGUACUCUGGUUCAUUGUGUUUCUAACCAUGUCCGAGUCAAAGUCAGUUAGCAGCUCUAGUAAUUUUUGCACCAUAGAUGAUCGUUGUACCGAACCCUUUAAGGAUCAAUCACGUUACGAUCAUUAUCGUGUCUAUAAUGUAGAAUUGGCUACAGAACAACAUGUAGAUCUCUUCAAAAAGUUGGAACUACAAAGUGAUAGUAUGUCUUUUAUGGGUCAUGCUCGUGAUGUGGGACAGAAAUUAACAAUUUUAGUUGCUGCUCAUAAAGUUGCUGAUUUAGCUGAUUUAUUGGAAUAUUAUCAGGUUAAACAUCGUAUACUGACCUACAACUUCCAAGAGAAAAUCGACAAAAACUAUGCUUCAGUUUUACCCAUUGGUACAGAUCUCUCGAAAUUUGAUUGGCAUCAUUAUUAUCAUUUGGAAACUAUUUACGAAUGGUUGCAAUCAUUAGUGGAGAAAUAUCCUGGAGUAGUUACUCUACUCGAUAUGGGCAAUAGUACACAAGGUUUUCCCAUUAAAGGUGUAAAAAUCUCACAUAAUCCUGCCAAUAAAGCCAUAUUUAUAGAAUCGGGCAUACAUGCUCGAGAAUGGAUUGCUCCUGCUACGGCCACAUUCUUAAUUAAUUCACUACUAACAUCCACUGAUGAGGAUAUUGAAAAUUUAGCCAAAAACUAUAAUUGGAUUAUUUUCCCAAGUGUAAAUCCGGAUGGUUAUAAAUUCACUUUUGAACAUGAUCGCAUGUGGCGUAAAAAUCGUCAAAUAUUUGGCACUUGUCGUGGUGUCGACUUAAAUCGUAAUUAUCCAGAUCAUUGGAAUUCUACCGGCAGCAGUAGUGAUCCUUGUCGUUAUGAUUUUGCGGGACCAGCAGCUGGUUCUGAAAUGGAAACCCAACGGCUAAUGAAGUUUAUCGCAGAUAAUGUACAAAAGGAGCAAAUUAAAACUUAUAUAUCAUUACAUUCGUUUUCACAAAUGAUUAUGUUUCCUUAUGGGCACACUAAGGAACAUGUUUACAACUAUGAGGAUUUAAAGGAAUUUGGUCAAUCGGCCUCGAAUGCUAUUAAAGAAUUGACCGGAAGUAAUUAUAUUAGUGGCAAUUCAUUUGAAACCAUUUAUCCCUCCAGUGGUGGUAGUAUGGAUUGGGCUUAUGCUGUUCAUAAAAUACCCAUUGCUUAUACUUUUGAAUUGCGUGGACCACCCGAUAGUCAAGAUAUGUUUAUUCUGCCAGCCGAAGAAAUUUUACCCACUGCCCGUGAAGCCUUGACUGCCAUUCGGGCAAUUGUUAAGGGGGCUACAGCAAAAGGUUAUUUUAAUUAAUUCUUCAAUAUGUUUUUUUUUUAAAUGUUUAAUCUCAUAACGUUCAAUUGUUAACUUUAUAUUGUAAGAAUUUUUAUAAAUGGUUUUUAUUAUACUCUUUUUUUUAAUUUUAAAUAAAUAAGAUAAACUAUAA